UAAGCCUCACCUUCUACCUAUCCUCCAUUUUUAUUUUUUUUCCCAACAAUUAAUUAACCAUGAUCUUCAAAACAAUAGUCUUUCUUUCACACAUUGAAGUGCUAUUGAUUCUGUCAUUCGCAACUUCUUCGUUUGCUGUACCCUCCUCAAAUAUGACUGAUGAAGAAGCUCUUGUUGCUUUCAGUUCUGCAAUAACAUAUGAGCCCACCAACACAAUCAUGGCUAGUAACUGGACCAGAGGAGCCAACUUCUGUGACUGGGUUGGGGUCACUUGUAGCAAACGCAGGCAAAGAGUCGCUGCUCUAAAUUUCUACAAUAUGGGACUUGAAGGUACAAUAUCCCCUUAUGUUGGAAACCUAUCCUUCUUGGUUUCGCUCGUUCUUUCUAACAACAGUUUCCAUGGUCACAUACCAUCUGAGCUCGGUCAUUUGCGUAGGCUCAAAAUACUCCUAUUAGAAGUUAAUCGAUUGGAAGGAUCGAUACCUUCGAGUUUACACAACUGCUUUAAGCUUGAAGUUGUUUCCGUAGCAGUAAACAUGUUAAGUGGUAGCAUACCAGGGGAGUUGGGCACUUUAAAAAAUCUUCAUGAACUCUAUCUUGGUGAAAACAAUCUUACUGGCACCAUCCCAGUUUCCAUUGGAAAUAUGUCGGCGUUAGAGGAAUUUAUAGUGCCGGAUAACAUAUUCACAGGUUCAUUUCCAUCAUUCAUGUUCAACAUUUCCUCUAUUGAAGCAUUUAGUCUCAAUGACAAUAGCUUCACGGCCUAUCUUCCAAUUGAUAUUUGUCUCCACUGGCCUAGACUCGAGGUACUUUACCUUGCUGGCAACCAAUUUAUAGGUCGAAUUCCAUCUACUUUACCACGCCAUUGCACAGGAUUAAGAUGGUUGGAUCUCUCCAGAAACGAACUGAAUGGAAGUGUGCCAACAGAAUUCGGGACUUUACAAAAGCUCGAGGUGCUCUCUCUGGAAAAAAAUUACUUGACUGGUACAAUUCCAACUUGUUUGGGAAAUAUUUCGAGCCUAGCGAAGUUUUCAAUUGCUAGCAACAACAUUCGUGGAGGUAUUCCUGACGAGUUUACGGAAUUGACAAAGUUGGAGGUCCUGAAUUUGCAGCACAAUCACCUCAGUGGGACCAUACCUCGUUCACUCUUCAACAUUUCCUCUCUCACAGUUAUUUCAAUUGUGAACAAUAGCAUCUCGGGAGAUCUUCCACCUAAUACAGGGCUUUGGCUUCCGAAUCUUGAACGAAUGUAUCUUUUUAACAAUCAAAUUGGUGGAAGCAUCCCUGCUUAUUUAUCGAACUCAUCGAAAUUGUUUUUGUUGGACAUAUCCUUCAACUUGUUCACUGGACAAAUACCUUCAAGUCUUGGGAAUUUACCUCGUCUUCGCUUCCUCUAUAUGGAAUACAAUAAACUGACCAGAGACCCUGGAUUUGAGGAGUUGAGGUUUCUUACUGCAUUAACAAGUUGCCGGUUCAUUGAAAGGUUGAGCAUAGAGAAUAAUCGUCUUGGUGGUGUCCUACCAUAUUCCAUUGGCAAUUUUUCAGAUUCUCUUCAAACGAUUGAUGCUUCCGAAAACCAGAUAAAGGGUCCAAUUCCUGAAUCAAUCGGUGCAUUAAGAAAUUUGAAUUAUUUGGUGUUAGGAGAUAACAAUCUCAACGGAACUAUUCCACCAACUAUUGGCAAUUUGCGAAACUUACAGAGGUUGCAUAUCUAUAACACCCAGAUUGGAGGCUCUAUCCCUGAAGAAAUGUGUAAUCUAAGAAACCUGGGAGAAUUGACACUGGAAGAUAACAGGCUCACCGGACCUAUUCCACCUUGCAUUGGAUCACUUAAAGAUCUUCAACGGCUAAAUCUCAGCAACAACUCAUUGACCUCAUCAAUUCCUGAAAGUUUUUGGACCCUUGAAAAUCUCAUUUUCAUGGAUUUAUCAAGCAACUCCUUAAGUGGGAACCUAUCUUCGGAAAUGAAAAUGUCAAGAGUCGUGGAAGAAAUGCAUAUUUCUCGGAACCAAAUCACGGGUAAAAUUCCAACUAUUCUCGGGACCUUUGAAAGCUUAAAUUUCCUUGAUCUGUCAAAGAACUCAUUGUAUGAAACUAUUCCUGAGUCACUUGGUAACUUAAAAUCACUAGAGUUCUUGGAUCUCUCCUACAAUAAUUUAUCUGGUCUUAUUCCCAAGUCGCUCGAGUCACUCAAUCAUCUCAAAUAUUUGAAUCUAUCUUACAACGACUUAUCAGGAGAGGUCCCAAAUGGAGGAUUUUUUGCUAAUGUUAUGGCAGAAUCUUUUCUGGCAAAUAAGGAGCUUUGCGGAAAAUUAUUACUAAUACCUUGCUCUCGUCAAAAUUCCACCACCAAACAUAUCCUGCUUAAGUACAUUGUUCCAACUGUUGCAGCUGUGUUGGUCUUUGUUUGUCUACUAUGCAUGCUGAGAGCAUUCAAACACAAGAACAAAACGAGUACUUUAAGUUCUUCGGAGUCGAUACAAAUACCUGAGCACAAAUUGAUUACAUAUCAUGAACUUCGUCAUGCUACAAAUGACUUCUCUGAAGCCAAUCUGCUCGGAAUUGGGAGUUAUGGUUCGGUCUAUAUGGGAACAAUUUUUGAUGGCACAGUUGUUGCUAUAAAGGUUCUAAAUCCAAAAGCAGAUGGUGCAUUCAAAAGUUUUGAUGCAGAGUGUAAAGUAUUGCGAACAACUCGACAUAGGAACCUAGUUAAAAUCAUCACUUCUUGCUCAAAUCCUGAGUUUAGAGCUUUGAUUAUGGAGUAUAUGUCGAAUGGAAGCCUUGAGAAGUGGUUGUACUCCGAAAACCGCAACUUAAAUCUCUUUCAACGGAUUAACAUUAUGAUUGAUGUUGCAACAGCUUUAGAUUAUCUCCAUUAUGGUCAGUCAGAGCCGGUCGUACAUUGUGAUCUAAAGCCCAGCAAUAUCUUGCUAGAUGAAGACAUGGUCGCACAUGUUGGUGAUUUUGGCAUAGCGAGAAUUCUGCCAAAAGCUGAAGAUGCAAUGCAUACCAAGACGUUAGGCACCAUUGGCUAUGUUGCACCUGAGUAUGGCCUUGAGGGGCGUGUUUCCAUAAAGGGUGACAUGUACAGUUAUGGGAUAAUGAUGUUGGAGAUAGUUACUGGGAAGAAACCCACAGAUGAAAUGUUUAUUGGAGAAGUGAGCUUGAGACACUGGGUUAGCACAUCAUUUCCUAACACGUUGCUGGAUGUUGUUGAUCAUGUUUUAAAGCCAAAUGGAAACAAUGUCACAGAUGUUGACAUGAUACAAGGUUUUCUUUUUUCCCUCUUGGAAAUGGGUCUCGAGUGUUCAAGAGAAACACCAGAGGAAAGAAUCGAUGUCAAAGACAUAGUUGCCAAGCUUACCCAGAUCAAGCUGAAGAUUCUACACAUCCAAAGAUACCGUCCUGUGUUUCUUGCUUCAUGAAGGAUGCAGAGAUGUUAGCCCAUGAUGUGCAGGCAAUGGAGGAGUGUCUCUCCGGGUGCAGUCAAGUAGUCCAAUCUUGUGUGUCCGGGUCCUUAGGCAACAUACAGGACAUGAUGGAUUGUACCCAGAAGAGAUUUAUGAUCCAGAUUUUACGGUUCAAAAUAAAGAAACUAGGAAUACAUAUCCAAAAGUUUACUGUACUAUAAUAUUAUUAUAACCCUUGGAAUUUUGAAUAAAUCCGUUGAAACUUGCUUCUCAUUUCUGUUGCAAUCCAAAUCUCAACUUCUUAUGCUAAUUUCCCUCAUUGAGGCAUUUCGUCGAACGCCUGGCGUGCUUGGCCACAUCACAAGCAAACUAAUGAUUUGGAGAUAUGUGUAAGUAGCCAAAAUUCAGUAAAACAUGCAUGUGAAAUUCAACUGGGUUGUUAGUUGCUUUGUCAUAUCAACGGUAGAAACAAAGUUGCAUGUAAAUCCUAAUUUGUAUCGAUCACCUUCACAAUAGCAUCACCCCAUGGAUGUGCUUGUAUAAUAGUACUGAAUUUUUCCUCUUAUGAGCAGAAUAUUCAAUACUGAGAGGAGACGUGGGCUUCUGCGGCCAAACAGGGGCCGAUCACCCAACUUGGGUUCGUCCUGGUCACGUUGACUGACCGGAUUGCGUGUUGAUCGACUUUUCUUAUGUUGACCGACAUCCAAUCCUUGCCGAUUGGAUUGACUAUGGGCCAACUUUUCUGACUGGGUUGUGCAUGGCAUAUGUUGGUUGUCAUUUGGCUUGGCCGCCCGAUGGGCAUUGUUUUUGGGCUUGGACUCCGAGUUCAUUCACAAGCUUGGUCGCCUAUGAGCUUUGUCGGAAUUUGGUCAUUGUCAAUGCUUGACUUGUCUUUUGACCAUUUGGAUUGGGUUUGGCCGAGAUGAUUUUUGGCCAUUACAAAGUGAACUAUAUAAU